AUGCGUUGCUCAGUCGCUGUGCUUGGGUUGCUUUCUGCAGCAUUGGCUGCUCCUGUUGAUCAAUAUCCUCUCGCUAAGGCAUCUGAGCGAUAUCCAUACAAGAACGAUCCAUAUGAUAGGAAACACGAUACAUAUGGCAAUGGCGUUCAACCACUUCCCGUACGCAACGGAGGUGGUACAAGUGUUCUGGGACCAGUGAAUAAAGAUCGAGACCGACAGAAUCCAGACUUGGUUCGCCCUCCAAGCACAGAUCAUGGCAUCCUGCCGAAUUUGCGAUGGAGUUUCUCAGACAGCCAUAUCAGAAUUGAAGAAAACGGCUGGACAAGACAGACAACCGUGCGAGAAUUGGCUGCGUCAAGUGAAGUAGCGGGUGUGAAUAUGAGACUGGGGCCAGGAGUGAUCCGAGAGUUGCAUUGGCACAAGGAAGCGGAGUGGGCAUAUGUGCUUUCAGGCGAGGUUCGGGUAACAGCUCUGGACACUGAUGGAAGAUCAUUCAUCGACGAUCUCAAAGCAGGAGAUUUGUGGUACUUUCCUUCCGGACACCCUCACUCGUUGCAAGGAUUGGGAGAGAAUGGUACGGAAUUUCUUCUUGUCUUUGACAGCGGAAGCUUCUCCGAGGACUCGACCUUCUUGUUGAACGAGUGGAUCGAACACACACCCAAGUCUGUCGUGGCAGAAAACUUCCGACUGCCUCCUGAGAUCUUUGCUGAGAUCAAGGAGAAGGACAAGUACAUUUUCCAAGGUUCGAUGCCCGAGAGCAUUGAGAAGGAAACGCCAAAAGCGUUCAAGAAGUCAAAGCACCAAUACACGCACCACAUGUUGGAGACUCCCGCAAAAGAGGGCAGCGGAGGCUCAGCCCGGAUUGUGGACAGCAGAAACUUUCCAAUUUCCAAGACAAUCGCAGCCGCGCAUCUUGACAUUGCCCCCGGCGCUCUGAGAGAAAUGCACUGGCACCCUAAUGCUGAUGAGUGGAGCUUUGUCAUCUCUGGUAGGGCAAGAGUGACCAUCUUCGCCGCYGAAGGCAAUGCCCGGACUUUCGACUACAUGGCAGGCGAUGUCGGCAUUGUGCCACGCAACAUGGGCYACUUCAUCGAGAACUUGAGCGAUGAUGAACCGCUGGAGAUGCUGGAGAUCUUCCGCGCGGAUGAGUUUCAGGAUUUCUCCCUUUUCCAGUGGAUGGGCGAGACGCCGCAGCGACUGGUCAAGGAUCAUUUGUUCCAGCACGAUCCGAAAUCGGGCGAGAAAUUCGUCAAGGCUGUUGAAAACGCAGAGAAGGAUGUGAUCAAGAAGCAGUAUGAAAAGUCUGUGUUGUUUGUCGAGGGCAAGCAUGAUCUUUGA